AUGUGUCCCAACUUCUCAACGGUAUUCACUCUUGCUGCCUUCCUAGCAAUUGCUACUGUCUCUUUGACAACUGCAGAAGCAAAACUGAUCCAGUUCAGGGCGCCAACACACCUUCGCUCCGUGCCAACCACUACCUCCUGGCAGAGAUUGCUGAGAGCAAAAAACACUGCAUAUGAUGACCAAGAGAGAGCACUCACUCUUCCUGCGGAGGGAGUAUUCGCGAGUCUCGUUGGAUCGGUGGCUUCGAAACUUGCACAAAACUUAAGGAUUCAGACUUGGAUGUUCAAUAGGGUAUCCAUCGACGACAUCUUCACGAGGCUGAGUUUGAAUACUGCAGGGAACAAGAUUUUUGAAGACCCGAAUUUGAUGACGUGGGCAGUAUUCGUGACCAAAGUUGAGAAGAAGAACCCCGAGGAUAUAAUCCUGGCCAAGCUUAAUUCGCAGUACGCUCCCGAGUCUUUGGCCUCAAUGAUCGAAGCAGCCAAAAAGGUAUCGAGCACGGAGCGCUUCGCUAGUGUCUUACAGGCGCAGCAGAGACAGGUUUGGUUUAGUACUGGUGAAUCGGGAGACGACAUUUUUAAGUUGCUCAAGCUCGACGAAACAGGAACAAAGCUCUUCGAAAGUCCACAAGUCACAACCUGGGCGUCAUACGUCGAUGAAUUCAACAAAAAUGCUCCCAAUAAAAAGGUGUCCAUGCUCACGCUGUUAGCAAGACGCUAUGAAGAAGAAGAUCUAGUCAAGAUGAUCGAAGCGGCCAAGAAGGUACCGAGUACGGAGGACAUCGCCGUUAAAUUGCAGGCUGAGUUAAAGGCUUCGGUCGGUGGCGGUAAAUCACCUGAGAACUUUUUCAAGAUUCUCAAGCUUGACGAUACUGGGGAGGAGCUGUUUAAGAGCCCUGCAUUUCCCACUUGGGUUUCAUACGUUGAUCAUUUCAACAGGAAAAAUUCAGGCGAAGCUUCGUCGAUUUUUGCAAGAUUGACGAAGAUUUACGGCGAAGUCAAACUGGCAGAAAUGAUCGAAACAGCAAUUAAAACGUCGACGGCUGAAACAAUCGCGAAGAGAUUGCAAGAGCAGCAGAAUCUGCGAUGGCUGUCGAAACAAAAAUCUCCUGACGAUGUGUUUAAACUGCUAAAGCUCGAUAAGUUGAAUUCGGCAGUUCUCAGUGACGUGAAAUUGAGCGCGUGGCUCAGUUAUGUGAAAGAUUUCAACUUGGCAAACCCAAGAAAGGAAGAAAGCUUGCUAAAAACUCUCACUCAUCAGUACAAAGAGGUGGGCGCGGCAAAAAUUAUUCAACAAGGAAAGGAGCUUUCGGAAACAAAAAAACUCGCAGAAGACUUGCAAGUCGCGCAAUUUACGCGCUGGUUUCGCAAAGGAGUAUCCGACGACAAUAUUCACAAGCUACUGAAUGUGAAAACGCUUGAUGACCCGAAUAUGGCUAUUGUAGACGAGUACAUAAAGUUCUAUACGGAAAUGAUGAAGACGUUUUGA